AUGACCAGCGUUCCAGCUGUAUGUUUUGCUCAAUGUAACGAUGCCUAUAUUGAGGCGCAAGGAGUCGGGAAAGACCCUUCCUUGUGCAACAUCGUGUCGCCCUUUGCGAAAGAUCUCAUAGAUUGUCAGGUUUGUAUUGGAGUUAAUAGCAAGAAUUCGACCAGUUUUGAGGAUCUUGGGCCCGAGUUUCAACAAUAUCUGGACUUCUGCAACCAGGUACAGACGGUCACGUACGCCGCUACCAUCACAAACCUCAAUGGUGACGUUAAACUGGUGACUCUGACGAAGACAACAACGGGCCCGAUAAAUUAUGCCCCAGCCACCUCGACUCCUUCUUCGUCUACUUCGUCGCAGAGUGUAAUACCAACAGAAUCAACUUUGACAGCCCCCAAUCGAGCAUGGGUAGCCGGUCUGGUCAUUGGCUGUGUCGCCGUCAUUGCUCUUGUUACUGGUUUCUGGUUUCUCAGACGUAGGAGACGGAGGGCCAAUCAGGUAGCUACUGAGAACAAGAGCGAAGCAAACGACGAGUACACCAAGGCCCAACUUCACUCCGACAGUCUGCCUCCCAAGCCCGCCAUAGAACUCGAGGGGUCAUACCCAAAUCCCAUACCGGAGAUGAGCGCGAACGAGAUUGCUGCACAAGAAAUGUUGGUCCCGCACAGCCACCACGUUGCAGAGAUGCCAGAGAAACGUAAUUGA